GUUUCAAAUAGCCUGCAUUUGCACCCACCAUGUUCAUCUACAGGCCAGAAAAAUCAUUCCCUUCAGGCUCUCUGGGGAACUGAGCUUUCACCACCCGGGCUGAAGUCUGGCAAAAGCUCAAAGGAAAAGAAGGGAAAUGGGAUCCAUAUGGUGACAAUAUAAAGUCCACCCCAAAUCUCAGAUCCUACUUGAAUCAUCUCUGUUUUCCUCAAAACACACACAACUUUGCCCAGAGAAGAAGCAGUGGGUCACUGGCACAACAGACGUAUUUUGAUUACGACUUCUAUAAUUAAACAGGUGUGGUACCUGCUAACAUGAACUGCAUAGGUCACCUAGUGAUCCUGCUUCUUUUGGGUGAAGUGGCUUCUCAAAGCAAACGGACAAAGCCGGGCAGUAAAGUUCCGAGCCAAGGCCGGAAGACAAUAAACCCUGGGACAUCUGACGAUGAGACCCUCGCACCUGACUCCAUUUCAGGAGACGACAAAAAAGAACUUGUUGAGUCACAGGCUAAAGACCCCCAAAAUGCUGCACAUCAGAUUCCAAAGUCAGGGGAUGACAUGAAACUCCAUUUCUUGAAGAACACACAAGUUACAUGCAAUGAUGGCACAGUUGCUGGGUUUUACUACAGGGAGUACAAAGGGAGUAAACGGUGGCUCGUAUUUUUAGAAGGUGGCUGGUGCUGCUAUAACAAAGAAACCUGUGAUAGCAGAUACAAAAAUAGCCGUCGCCUCAUGAGCUCAACAGAAUGGCCAAGUAACAAAAAAGGCAGUGGAAUUCUUUCAAAUCAACCUGAAGAAAAUCCCCAGUGGUGGAAUGCUAACAUAGUAUUUAUUCCCUAUUGCUCAAGUGAUGUAUGGAGUGGAACUAGCCCAAAGUCUCGCACAGGAAAGGAGACAGGGGACUACGCUUUCAUGGGAUCCCACAUAAUCAGAGAGGUUAUUAAAGACCUCAUUCCCAAAGGUAUGAAGCAAGCCAAGGUCAUCAUGCUGGCUGGUACAAGUGCUGGAGGAACCGGAGUUCUGUUAAACAUUGAAAAAGUAUCAAGUCUCCUAGAGCAACUAGGGGCAGAAGCCCAGGUCCGUGGUUUGGUGGAUUCUGGGUGGUUUUUGGAGAGCAAGCAGCAACAAGCAAAUGAAUGCACUGAUGCAACAUCUUGCAGCCCAACUGAUGCCAUUAAAAAGGGACUCAGAUUAUGGAAUGGAAUUGUCCCAGAAAAGUGUCGGCAACAGUUCAAAAAAGGAGAAGAAUGGCAGUGUUUCCUAGGGCACAAGCUGUACUCGUCUAUAAAAUCUCCAGUUUUUGUUGUUCAAUGGCUUUUUGAUGAAGAACAGCUAAGAGUUGAAAACAUAAACUUUGGAAGUCAGUCCUUGACAGAGCAUCAGUGGACAUCUAUCCAGAAUUUAGGCAGAGAACUAAAGAAUUCAUUACGAGACGUGCAGGCAGCCUUUGCUCCUUCGUGCCUGUCUCACACAUUGAUUACUAAAAGCAACUGGAUGGAUUUUCAAGUUAAGGGCACAUCUCUCAACAGAGCACUGCAGUGUUGGGAUAAAAGCCUUCAAGAAGCCUCCAAGAACAACAAGGCUCCCAUCAGAGGAUGCCCCUUCCACCUCAUUGAUAACUGCCAGUGGCCUCAAUGCAAUCCAACCUGCCCUCCCCUGGUUGACCAAAGAUCAGGACAAGAAAUGAGCUUGUCACAGAUUUUAAUAGGAAUGGGGCUUGAUGUGCACAAGCUGGCACAAGAGCUAAAGGUUGAGGUGAGCCAUCUGUUAGGGAUGAUCAGUAACGGUGGCUAACAAGUAGACUAGGCAAACACCAUCAAACAAUGCCAUGUUAUGCGAUUGCUGUACUUCUCGAUACACACUUUAGGCUAGCUAACUUCCUUUCAAGGAACACAUGACGACCGAAAAGAUAUAUUUAUAUUACUGACUCACGAAGCUUCCAAUUUCACAAUAUUUAGUAGUUAUAGCAUAGCCCUACAAGGAAAGCCUAUUGAUUUUUUAUUUUAAAUGAAGUGCAUAUAUGAAGAAAGUUUAUAUGUCAUAUUUUUACGAUUACCCUCAUGUGACAAAAGACAAAAUCGUCAAUAAACAAAAUGCCCAGGGCUUCUGCUGUACCUGUGCUAGCUCCAUUUCAAAUAAGUAGGUCGUUGACACCACUUAAGGUAAAAAUAACCUGACGUUAUCAACUUACCCCUUCAACAAAAAGCGAACUGAAACAAAGGUCUCUUUUUAUAGCUGUCGAGAUGAGAGAAAGAUACAUGCUCUGGUUGAGUAUAUGAGAAGCAGCCUGAUGUUUCUAAGAUAUUCAUAAAUGUUAAACUGGCAAAAUUGGAACAGCAACCCAGUAAUUUUUAAAGUAAGGCACCGGAGUGGUAGUCUGCCUCCUCAGUAAAGAAAUGUUUUACAAGAACUGCAGUGUGAACUUCUGUUAGCCAAUGCCAGACUUGUGUACACCAUGAUAAGAGUAUACGUGCUGCUAUAUGCUGGUAACAUUACAUUCAGGCAUAGAAAACUAAACAUUUAUAUUUCUUUAAAUAUUAUAUUUGUGGGCAGUCUAUACACAUUUCAAUUCACUCUUAGUCUCUUUGAUUUUACAAUUACAUAUAUACUGUUAUUGAGACAAAAUAAACUUUUAAGAGCUCAUUACAAAUAUUCCAAUCAAGAAUUCAGUGCCUGCUCUUAAACAUGUUAUGGUAUUUAUUUUAUAUCAGUUUCUA